UUUCCGCGCUCGAUUCGUACGCACGUUCUCUCCGCGUUGCGUUUCGCUUCGUCUUCGUUUUCGUCGUGUGUGUGUUGCGCGACUACGAUUGCGAUUGCGAGUGUGUUUGUGCGUGUAUAUUUGAUGCGUAACGUAUACGUUCAUUAUUGUUGAUUUUUAAAUAUACAAUUUGUAAACGAAACCAAAGAUCAUAUGGCCUGCACCUGCACCAGCGACAGCCAAUCAUAAAAUGCACAUUAAAAACAACAAAAGUAGCAACAACAACAACAGCAGCACGCAAGUGCAAUGCCGGCAAAAACAAAGUAACGCAUAAAGUUGUCUGUGUGUAAGUUUUAUGCGUACGUCUGUCUCGCUCUCCCUUUCGCGUUGGCCAAAAAAAUAUUUACCGUAACACGCAAAGCAAAGUGCAAGAAAAUCACCAAUAACAACAACAUCAACACGAGAAGCAAGCAAAAGCCGGUAAACGCCACAAAAGUCGUAUUCUUUGUCUGCACCCGUGUGUGUGUGCGUGAGUGUGUGCGCAAAUUUAUUCGUGUGUUUUGCGAUUGUGACAAACGUUUGUAACAAUAAUAAUAUUCAAUAAUAGUAACAACCACCACAACAACAACACAGCGAACAUGUUCUCCAAACAAGUUCACACAGAGCUUCUGCCCUGGCGAAGAAGAUUAACAGCGACAGCUACAGUAACAGCAUCAAAUGCCGCCCAACUUGUGAUAUUUAAUAGUCUGUUCUUCGUGUUGUUGUCACUAACAGCACCAACAACAACACAUGCUCACCCCCAGCCCCAGCCACAAGAGGGCGCUGCCUCAUUAGCCGGUGCUCAAAUUGCGGCCUUGGCUGCCCCUGGACCAGUCGCCGGACCAGCUCCAUCUAGCGGCUCAUCGAUCAUCGAUCAAUUCAGCCCCAAUUGCACCGCUGUGACACACAUCUUUCAGGCGCGUGGCAUCGAUGCCAAUGAAAUACCGCAAAAGCCCAGCAAUGAACGCGUGCUACGCUACUGCGAGUCGCCAUCGGUGGGCACCUGCUGCACCUACAACAUGGAGACGCGGAUGGCGGGACAGUCGCGGCAACAGCUCGAAUGGCACACAAAGGAGCAGAUAACCAAAAUGUCUGGUCUGCUGGGCGGCAAGGCAACCAAAUUUAAUGAUAUUUUCCGCAAAUUGCUGCAGGAAUCGAAGGGACAAUUUCAUACGAUGUUUAUGCGCACAUAUGGCGUCAUCUAUCAACAGCAUUCGUAUGUGUUUUCGGAUCUAUUCAACGAACUGGAGAACUAUUAUGCUCGCGGUCGCGUCGAUCUCUUGGAGGUGAUGGACAAGUUCUUUAGCACGCUCUAUCAAAAGAUGUUCACGGUGCUGAAUGCACAGUACGCCUUUGACGAAAAAUACAUGCAAUGCGUCAGCCAGCAUAUGAAGGAACUGAAACCAUUCGGCGAUGUGCCCGACAAGCUAUCCGUGCAAAUCAAACGCUCCUUUGUGGCAACACGCACUUAUGGCCAAGCUCUGGCCACCGCUGCCGAUGUCUCAAAGCGCAUUCUAGCUAUUCGUCUCAAUCCCGAUUGCACAAGCGCCUUGACCAAGAUGCAACAUUGCGGCGCCUGCAAAGGCUACACGGAGAAACCUUGCACCAAUUACUGUGUGAAUGUGAUCAAGGGAUGUUUACACUAUCUGCAUGAGUUUGACACCGAGUGGGAGAACUUUGCCUUGGCCAUGGACAAGGUGGCGGAACGUAUGCUGGGCUCUUUCAACAUUGUCAUGGUUGUCGAGCCCAUCAAUAUCAAAAUCUCCGAGGCCAUCAUGAACUUCCAGGAUUCUGGCCAAGAUAUUACGAAUCGCGUCUUCCAGGGCUGUGGUCGUCCCACUUUACGACGUGCCAAGCGCUCGGCUGAUCCCAAGCUAAUGUUGGCUAUGCAGGAGUUACAUGCAGAGAGCACUCCAGAGGCGGAUACAUUGGACAUUGAUGCGACCUUGGAUGAGGCGAUUGUAUUGCGUGAACGACGUGCCGCAGAUCCUGGCUCGCAAGAGUCCACAUCGCCGCAAUCACAGGAACAAGGUGCCACUCAGUCUGGCAAUGGCAACGGAAAUGGAAAUGGAAACGGCGGUGGCAACAGGAGGCAACAGCAGCGUCGCAAGCAGCAACGGCGCAAGCAACAGCAGCAGAAUCGCAAUGACAACGACGAUGACGACGGUGAAGGCAUGGGUGGCAGUCGGGAACCCAUUCUGGACAAGAUUGUGCGUGAUAUCCGUCAGCGUGUGAAGGACUACAAGAAGUUCUGGUCGAAUCUGCCGCACUCCAUCUGCAGCAACGAAGACAUCGCUGCCUCCUCGGAUGUGGAUGGCAUGUGCUGGAAUGGGCACACCAUCGACAGAUAUAUGCACUCGGUGACUACAGAGCAUGGUUCGAAUCCGGAGUUCAGCGGCAAUCCAGCGAGCACACGUCAAACAGCUCAAAUGUCCACACAGCUGUUCCACCUGAAGAAUGCGAUCAAUCAUCUGCGCAAUGCGUAUAACGGUCAAGAUGUUGACUGGAGUGAGCAAGAGGAACCCUAUAUGGGCAGCGGCGCUGGCUCUGGUUCGGGUUCCGAGGACGACGAAGACGACGAUGAAGGCUCUGGCCUGGGUCCCUUCGAGCCAAAUGUCAAGACCGACGGAGAGCAUCCAUCGGUGCGCGUGGACUCCGAGAACGAUGACGAUGAGGAUACACAUCCGGCGGUGACCACGCACACGUCUCGACCCAAUGUGGAUGACAAGAAUCCGCUACUGCAUAACACGCAUGUGACACACGAUCACAACGAUUUGGAUGAGUCGCAUAAUACUAACGACGAUGAUGACAACGAUAACGAUGAGGAUGUCGAUGAUGGAAUGCACCACUCGUCGACAGAUGGCGCUACGCGCACCUCCAGUGCACCUGAGAAGAUGUCACUGCGACGGGCGCUUGUCGUCUACUUGCUGCCACUUUAUAUGGCGUGGUUCGGUGGCGUUUGCGCCGAUUUGCUGUGAUUAUUCUACUAGAGCUGCUACGCACAACGAUAAAAACAAUUAAAUACACAAAAAAAAAAAAUGAAAA